GUAUUCUGCAAAUUCCGUGUAUGAACUGAGUGUAUAAAUUGGGUGCAAACACGCACGGCGAAUUCACGAUCGAGUAGUAAACUGGAAAUUGCCAGCGACGAAGGCGAAUUCGUCAGCGUUGCGGGCGAAAGAGAGAGCGGGCGAACGAGAGAGAGAGAGAGAGAGGUUAAAGCAACCGACACUUGUUCGCUGCGGACUUGUCGCUUUAAAUCUCAGUCGCAACGACAACUUGCAAGCGAAUGGAGGUGCUGGCUUCUUCCUCGGUCGUCGUCGCCGCCGUGCAGCCUCAACAUCAGCAACAAUAAAUACAAAAAUCGACAAUCAAGUGCGCCUUUAUGAACGAAAUGUAAAAUAAAGAGAAGAAGAAAUUGAAAUCACUAGGAAAUAAAUAAGAAAAAGAAAAAAAUUUCAAAUUCUUUUUGAUAAUAACAACAAGAUCGAGAAGUCUUAUUAACAACAACGGUAACAACGACAACAGCUAACAAAAUGCCUCGCAGCAGUUGUAGCAACAACAACAACAACAACAACAACAGCAGAACAACAAACAAGACAACAACUGGCAAUGGUAACAGUCAAAACAAUAGUAACAGCAAAAACAACAACAGCACCGCCUUGAGUUCCUCCUGUUCAUCAUCAUCGUCGCUUAAUCAACAGUUGGCCGGAGGAGCCAGCAAUGGUUUCAGUCGACAGCAGCCCUGGAGGAGCAGCUACUGCAGCAGCAAUCGUCAGAAAGUGCAGGAGCCACUGCAGCAACUAAAGCAACAACAACAACAGGAGGGUAACGUCAAGCCGUUAACACCAAAGCUGAUUAGACGCAUUGAGAAUGCCUGUGCUUCCUCCAACAACAGUUCACGUUAUGGCAAACCAAGAGCGCCGGCUCCACCUUCAAAUCUUGCCAGACCGCCAAAGACUAGCCAAACAAUAUUACAAAAGUCACAGGCUGUAAAUCAAACACAGAAACGCGCCUAUCAAGCCACAAAUGCCAGAUGUGCCAAGGAGAAUUGUCCAGCUUCAGCGCCGUGUCGUACACAACGUUCCAGCAAAAAUUAUCCAGCACCGUUGCCACCACAACAACAGCAACAGCGUAAACUACACAAUGAUCUCAUGAUGGAAACAAAGGCCACUCCGUUGGCACUGCGUCGUCAGUUGCCGGCAACGCCAAAGUUGAGCCUCCGACAACGCGCAGUGGCAGUCGCAGCCAAGGAGUUGGAGGGAGGCGCCUCCUCCACAGGUUCCAGCGAUUCACAUGAUUCGCCAAAGCUUAAAAAAGCCUACUCGAAGAAAUUUCCACAGGGUUUGCCUUUUGAGGAUGAGUUUUAUGGCUUACGGAAUCGCUCCUAUUCGCAAUCCUCAAGCAACUAUAGUUUCUACAGUUCCGUUGGAGCUGCAACAACACCCCAGGAUGAUGAUGAUGAUGAUGAGUUCCAGCGCAAACCCUCGACGGAUGAGGCGCUUUAUGUGGACUUCUCCAAGGUGGUGCACAGUCAUAAGCAGCAGCGACAAUAUGUGCCUGCCAGCUCCUGGAUACGUGCCUCUCCAGACAACGAUGAGAUUCAGGCGCUCAGCCACAGUAAAAACACACCACUUACUCCGACUCAGCAGCGAAGGAAGAGUGCUAAAUAUGCACGCUCCAUGCACGAAUAUCUUUAUAGCGAUGAUUCUACAACAACGACGACAACAACAACGAAAACGAAGCAACGACUUGCAGCGUUGGAGGAACCCGAGGAUGGUUACUAUAGCUAUGCAGCUGGUACACCCGAUCCCCAGACGCCGCCUAUGCCCAAAACGGAUAUUUAUGUUGCCGCAGCAUCGUGGGCACCCAAGCCGCUCUAUCCCGAUCGCGUCUUGUUGUCCCAUGUCGACACCAACAACAACAACAGCCAUAACAACAGCAAAAGUGAUCACAGGAGCAAGCAGCAACAAACGCGACGUCGAUCCGAGCGCUUGGGGUCCACGACUUGUGAGUAUAAUUUUGAUGAUAGCCUCUCAUCUUCCCGACGACGCAAGGAGCGCUCGAAGCGUUCACAUCGCAAAUCGCCCGCAACUGGGAGGCGACAGCACAAGUAUCGUUAUAGGGAAGAGACAUCGCACUCUAGCUCAAGGCGGCGGCAUCGUGAGCGCGCCAAGGAUGAGCGUGACAGCGGGCGCAACAAUCGCCAAUCGCAAGCUAAGGUAAAAACUUUUCAUUUUCUAUUUAACAAAAUGCGAAACAAACGAACAUUUAGGCUGAGCAACCAACCAACAACAAUCAAAUGCUAAAUAAAUAAGUAUGGUAAAAGAAAUAUUAAGCAAAAUUUAACAGACUAAACUAGAAAAAAAUCGAAAAAAAAAAAAUAAAAUCAAUCAAGUUUUCUUAGUCCUUAUCCCCCUGCCUUAACACACUCCCCCAAUAUGUACGAGUUUAUUCUCAGCUGACUCUCUUCGCUUGCCAAUUUUGUUUGCAUUUUUUUUAAAUUUCGUUUCGGGUGUUUCUCAAUCAGUUAUCGAAUCACUCAGCAAAGAACAUGCUGUUUUUCAAACGCUAUUUAGAAAAAUCUCAAAUUACUGCCAAGCAGUUUGAGGACUCUCAAAUUCCAAUUUGUUUUAAAAUACGUGAACUGCCGACCAAGUUGCGACGUAUCGAUAAUUAUCGGGAUCUAUUACUGGAACAUUCAUCGCUACGCUUUAUGCCGUACACGGAUGAUUGGAUUGUGAUCGAGUACUUUGCUGAUCACGAUAGUGAUUACCUUGUGAGCUACCCUUUAUUCACCCUGACCACAAAGUCUAUUAUAAUUUAUUUAAACUCUUGAAAUAGUCGCAAUCUAUUCACACAGCUCUCAGCGCACUCAUUGUACUCACUUAGCACUCACUCACCACUUACCACUUGGUUCUUAUCUUUUGCGGUGAUUGCUGUGCUAAUUUUGCAUUUCAACAUUUAGCGGUUUACAUUGUAUCAAUCAAACAGUCAUUCUACAAUU